GCAGGAUGAAGAAAACACACCACAAUCUUUCAACUUUGAUUUUCUUCAAAAAUACUACCUCUAAACAAAAAUUGACAAAAUCUUUCAACUUUGAUUUUCUUCAAAAAUACUACCCUAACCCUUCUAUAUAUAAUCAUGGUAUCACUCCUACAAAUUCACGCAACAAAACACAGUGUAUUUUCUUUCAUUGAAAUCGCUGUCACUGAAUGGAGGACGGAGAAGCUUCCUUUACGUCACCAUUAUCUCACAAAAAGAUGGUUUCUGACGUAAAAAAAGAGGAGGGUUAUAAGGGAAUAUCGUUCGUAGAUUUACUAGACAGCCCACCAAAGAAGUUUUUGAAAACAGAGAAGGUUCUUGAAGAAGAAAAUUUUGAUCAUUGGGAUCCUUGUGCUAAAAAAAGCCCGCCGAUCACAAAGGAGGUUUUUAAAGAAGAAGAAAAUUUUGAUCAUUGGGAGGACCAAACACAAGUGUCUAUGGUGAUAAAGUCAAUUGAUGACUUUAAGGAAACUAUACUGACCAUGUUCAGACAACCAAGACAACCUGUGGAAAAGCUGGUCACACCUUUGACAAAGGAAAGUAUUCGACCUUUGAUGAAGGAAAAAGUUAGUAAAAUCUAUUCACCAUAUGCCAAAGAUGGCAACAAAUAUGUGCAAGUAACCACCACUCCGACAGGGUGCUACAUCAAAUCCAACAAAACAUUAGUUGGUCCGUCUAUCCCCGAUUGGUUGUCUUCACUCUUUAAACCAAAGAAGAUAAUGAAUCUAACCUCCGACCAAUGUGCUAUGGCAUCUUACAUAUUUGGUCGUUCAACAGACGAGUUAGUCAUACAUUUCACCUUGUAUUCCAAGUCGUUCAGCCCGUCCCGGCAGGAAUAGAAGUAUCAAGAAACUGACUGUUUAUAUGGAGGAGUUACUCAUGGAUCCCGCUUUUCAUGUGACUGGAACAAAACAUACACCAAAUGUAUCUGAAUUUAGCCUAGUCACUCCAAAUGAUUUGGGAGUGCAAGCAGAUAUGUCGAAUGACUGUGGAGUUUGGGUCAUUAUGUGGAUGAAGCAAAUGGGAGAAAAAGAAUAUAAGAUUGAUGUGGAUGAUGGUACAAGACUAAGGAUAGCAUUAGAUUUGAUAUUGGAUCCUUCCAACGAAUUGAAAGAGAAAGCUUUGGCUGCUGCAAAAAAAAACCUUUGGCUGCUGCAAAAAAAGGAAGAGUUAAAGAAUCCAACAGCUGCUGACUAAAUUUUAUACCACAUGUUUUGUGGGAUUUUGCAGUCUUACAAUUUCUUUUAAAGUUCUGACUUAUUUAGUUUCUACCAGGAUGGAUGGUUGACUAGUUUCUAUUUUUUGGAUAUCUUAUUUUGACUUUACUUUUUUAUGUUUCCACCAACAUGGAUGGUUGACUAGUGUGAUGAAUGGAUUUUUUUUAUAUCUUA